AUGAUGGAUAUGAAAAAAGAAAAAGACCUUGAGGGUCUCGAUGAUAUCCAUAGUAGUCCCGUUCACAACCACGAUGAUGUGUUUGGAGAAAUCACCGAAUCAGGACCCAACUACCGAAAUGUAGGAUGGGCAGGAACAGUGAUCCUCAUGAUGAAGAGUCAAAUCGGCCUCGGUGUCCUUUCUAUCCCAAGCGCUUUUGAUACAUUAGGCCUCAUUCCGGGCAUCAUCUGCCUCCUGGUUGUCGCCAUCAUUACAACAUGGUCCGACUACAUGGUCGGCGUGUUCAAGCUCAACCAUCGUUCAGUCUAUGGAAUCGACGAUGCAGGUUUCUUGAUGUUUGGUGCGAUCGGUCGUGAGGUUUUCGGCUUUGUAUUCUGCUUAUAUUGGAUUUUCGUCGCCGGCUCAGGAAUGCUCGGUCUGUCAAUCGCCCUCAAUGCCGUCUCAACCCAUGCCACAUGCACAGCCGCCUAUGUUGCUGUUGCAGCCGUCUCGGGAAUUGCCUUCGCCAGUAUUCGAACACUGGGAAAAAUCAGUUGGCUAGCAUGGAUUGGACUGAUUUGUAUUCUCAUUGCGAUCUUCAUCGUCACCAUUGCUGUCGGCGUUCAGGACCGCCCGGUCUUGGCCCCUCAAGAGGGAAUCUGGGUAUCCGACUACAAGAUCGUUGCCAAUCCCACUUUCAGCGAAGCUAUUACCGCUGUGGCCUCGAUGGUCUUCGCCUACGCCGGUACACCGGCUUUCUUCUCCAUCGUAUCGGAGAUGCGCGACCCGAAAUACUAUACUCGCUCGUUGGUCAUCUGCCAGGGCACUGUGACCGCUGUUUACAUCACCAUCGGUGUUGUCGUCUACUACUUCUGCGGUUCUUAUGUUGCCUCGCCUGCUCUUGGUUCCGCUGGUGUCACUAUGAAGAAGAUCAGUUAUGGCUUUGCCAUUCCGGGCCUUCUGGUCACUGUGAUGCUAUUUGUUCAUUUACCCGCGAAAUUCAUCUUCGUCCGCGCGCUCAGAGGCUCCAAGCACCUCACCUCCAACAGCAUGGUGCACUGGAGCUCAUGGAUCGGCUGCACCGCCGGAGUCGGUCUUAUUUCCUACAUCAUCGCGAGCGCCAUUCCCGUCUUUGACAGUCUCGUCUCGCUUAUUGGUGCUUUGCUCGGCACAUUCAUGUGUUUCCAGCCCAUGGGCUGCAUGUGGCUGUACGAUAACUGGGGCAAGGGGAAGAUCAACCGAUCCCCGAGGUGGAUGGCUAUGGUUUGCUGGAGUGUUUUCGUCGUUGUUAUUGGUACCUUCAUGAUGGUCGCGGGAACAUAUGGGUCUGUCGUGAGCAUUAUGGAGAGCUAUAAGGCGAACGGCGGUUCAGCUGCUUGGUCCUGUGCGGACAAUUCAAAUUCUGUAUAG